AUGAACAAUGGGUCCUCUACAUCAACCACACCCACAAACGUUCGUGGUAAACUUGAAAUUCUUAAGAAGGUCAUGCUGAGCGUCUGGUGGGGAGUUCAUGGAAUCUACCGUUUCGAACUGCUGCAGGACAACACGACAGUUACUGCUGAGGUCUACUGCGCUCAACUGCAAAGACUGGCCGACAAGAUCCGCAAGGAGCACCCGAGGCUUGACAACGUUCGCCUGCUGCACGAUAACGCGCGCUCUCAGAUCGCGAAGAAGAAUUCUCAGAAAAUUCUGGAGCCCGGAUGUGAAAUUUUACCGCACCCAAGACCUGGCCCCCAUUAA